GCCAAUGGAAGAGACGCACCGCUCGUCUAUUGGACCAAAGGCGCUGUGGGCGCAUAGAAGACGCGCCUACCGAGGCUUAAAGACUUUUUUUUUCCGGGACAGGAGACAUGAGGUUCCCAGACACCUGUCAGGAGGACUCCACAUCCAAAGGCUGUAUGUGAGGCAACUGGAGGCUGCGUGUUUGGCAAUGGACGCGCUGUUAUCGUUAUCAUAGCCGCUCUGUGACCGAGGAGCGCGAAGUUAUCCUGCUGCUCUGUGGUUUGCCUUUGUGUUAUUCUUCCUGUUUUGUCAUUAUUUCCAAGCCGCAUGAGUUCGCCGCUGUUUCUAGGCCAGCUGGCCGGGGUUCCGUUAGAAAUAAUGCAUCCCACAAUGGAGAAAGACACGACUUACACCAAGAUUUUUGUCGGCGGGUUGCCGUAUCACACCAACGACGCUUCACUUCGGAAAUAUUUCGAGACUUUCGGGGACAUCGACGAGGCGGUGGUAAUCACAGACAAACAGACGGGCAAGUCCAGAGGAUACGGCUUUGUGACCAUGGUGGACAGGGGGGCAGCAGAGCGGGCGUGCAAAGACGCGAACCCCAUCAUCGACGGCAGGAAGGCCAACGUGAACCUGGCCUACCUGGGAGCGAAACCUCGCAGCUCGCAGACAAGUCUCUCUGUUGGAGUUCAGCAAGUCCAUCCUACGUGGGCUCAGAGGCAAUAUGGGCUCGCCCAGCAGUACGUCUACCCCCAGGCCGUCCUCCAGCCCAGCCUGGUGCUGCAGUCCCAGCUCAGCCCCACUGCAGCAGCGCUCGCCUCCCCCUACCUGGACUACAACUCCGCCUACAGCCAAUAUGCCCCCACAGGACUGGAGCAGUACCCCUACACCCCCUCUCCAUCUCUCGCCACUGGCUACCUCAGCUACAGCUUCUCCCCGGGCACUCCAGCGCCCACACUCACCGCAUCCCCGACCCCUCCGGCAGCCAUCCAUCCUCCUCUGGCUGCACUCACCACCAUGUCUGCAGCCCCUCAGGCCUUCCUCCACUACCCUGUGCACCAGCCCGACCGCAUGCAGUGAGCAGCUCCUACUGGGGCUGGAGCUGCCGAACUGAUGAUUCAAUACAGCACGACUGCUGACCUGUGACAUCAUCAGGAUGAGACUGGAUACCGAAAGAGAGUGUGAUGUAAUCAAAAGGGCUUUAAGAAAGCACUCUCAUUUCAGUUUUUAUAAAUACAUAUAUUAUAUAUUAUUGUUGUAAUAGUUAAUGAAAAUGUUCUAUUGCUACCGUCAUCAGCAUACGAUCUGAAUGUUUUUCAUAAGAAGUCAGGGACUGGGAUGAGAUGACAUCUCUUCAGGACGUUCCUCUCUUACCCCUAAGCCUCCACCUGAGGCUGGACGCGGGCUGAGUCCUGGACAGUGGAUGGGUAAAGACGAUGAGAAAUACAUCUGUUUGACAUGAUGCUGCGGCUGCAGUUUCCCCAAAAAGUACUGAGAUGAAUGCUGGAUAUUAGCCAAGCUGAGAGCCAGUUCCUCUUUCAGAAACGCAGAUCCAGUUACCUCCCUCUUCAAGGUUACCUUUCUGUCUAUGGCCUUAGAGAUCUCUUUCUUUCUCUACCUGGUCUACUUUGUGUUUGUCAUUUUCAUUAGUCUCUCAUUUGAGUUGAGAAAAAAAAAGGCUGCGUGUUCCCUUUUGUUCCUGUUAUCUACAACUGGCAAGUCAUUACACGGUGAUAAUCACAGUUUAACAGAAUAUGCAAUAAAGAUGACAAAGGAUGAAUAAGGUAGACAACACUGGUAUUUUGUUUUUGUAUUUCUACUGCUAAAACAUUACCCAGAGAACGAUUUUGUUAACACUUAAAACACAGUAGUCAUUACGUGAAAUUCCUGCAGCUGCUCAUUUGACUGUUUUUGACCUGUAACUUUUGGAAUGUCUGGUCUGUUCAGUUUUCUGAUACCUAAAUUACAAAGUUGUCAAUACAUAUCAAGUACAUGUGUAUGGAUGUAGGUGUCAAGAUGUAUGUUGUUACUGAGUAUGAGCGUAUUUGUUUCUGUGUGUUUGUGUGAGUGAGAGAAAUAGAGCGAUGCAGUAUACGCCAGUGUCAGGACCGAGCUCCUUUUCCAGCCCAUUGUACUGGUCAGAGUUGUUUCUUUGUUUUUGGUUUUUUUUCCCCCCAGCUGCAGAAAACAGACAGAUGCUUUAGCGAUGACACUGGAGUCUCACGGUGCUGUGGCACCGCCUUAGUAGUCAUAAAGCCAUACAUCACAUUUAAAACAAAUAUGCAAAAUAAAAUGAAUAUUUCUCAAACAUG